GAGAACUUUUAUACAAACACCGUGAAUUGAACCUUCACCAAGAACUCGCUUUCAAAAGUUUUGUUUAGAGGUGAAACCUUCAUAAUUUAAUGUAUUUAUAGGAGUAAUAUAUGAAUUUAUUGUAGAAAAUUUCUUGAAUUAUAUUGCCUGUGAGAUGUUGCAGGUUCAGCACUUCAUCUCAAAGCGAUGAACUCUGGUACAGAUUGAUUUUUCCAGACUCAACUGUGCAAUUGAAUUAAAAUUUUCGUUUUUACAUCAAAGGACUAACCACAGCUGACCCACAGCCGGCGGGACCACGCCAUGUGGGCCACAAAUUUUCUCCUGCUGACGGUGCUGACCUCUGCUGCCGACGCGGCGCAAAACUCGCCCUCCUCUGACAAGGCACCUCCGACGUAUCAGCCAAGAGCUCGCACCUACCAUCACCUGUCAAGAUGGGGCAACGGGCAACAUGCCAAGGCUUAUAUGAACGACCCUCUUAGAAGUCAAGCUGACAUUCCAGCUCGUGUUGACAUCCCAGCUCGUGUUGACAUCCCAGCUCGUGUUGACAUCCCAGCUCGUGUUGACAUCCCAGCUCGUGUUGACAUCCCAGCUCGUGUUGACAUUCCAGCUCGUGUUGACAUUCCAGCUCGUGUUGACAUUCCAGCUCGUGUUGAGCAACAACCUGCGCAGACUAGAGAGGCAGAGAACGGAAAAACCCCAAGUUUCCUCGCCGCUCUGAAGGAGGCAGGAUCGCUGAGCAAGAACUUGGUGCUCGAGAAAAUCAAGGAUGCAGAGAAGAAGUUAAAAGAAGGAGCCAAAGUUUUGCAGGAAAGCAUAUUUAAAUCCAAGCUCUUCAAAAAAAUCACUGCCAAAGAUGAAGAAGAUCCUCGGCAAGUGGCCACCCUCCACUUCCUCCCGUUAGAAUCCGAUAGACUCCGAGGGGAUCUCCUGGAUCGGCCUCCGGCUGCCAAAAGCUCUUCUUCAAGAUACGAAGAUAAAUUUUUUGCUUUUGCGCCUCCAGCAUCUGUUUCACCAGAUCCUUUUACACCUGUUGUACCAGAUCCAAAGUUUAACUCAAUCCUGACCACAUCUCGUACAUACCGCAGGCUCCAAAAAGGACCUGUUGUACCAGAUCCAAAGUUCAACUCAAUCCCAACCACAUCUCGAGGUGACCUACCCUCCUACAGGAGUUCUGUGUCCUACACACCCUUCCUUGUUGGAUCCUCGCACUUGAAAGAUCCUCGUUCGGUGCUAUCUAGCAUUCCAGUUUUCAACCUAAAGGAGAAGAUGGAGGAAGUUGAAAAAAUUGAACGAAAAACCAAGGGAACCAAAAUUCUGGUUGGGGAUACCAGUGAUCACAUCACCAGUAACCGGAUAUCCGACCAAGAUGCUGUGAACGGGCUUAACCCUCUGGAAGGGCUCAACCCUCUAAAUUGGUUUACUGUAUUCAAUGAACCCGAUGAGGAAGCGUAUGAUUUUCGCUCUCAUCACAGUUCGAGUAAUAGAAACCCGGCACCCAAGCAUUACGAUUACUCCGAAUCGGACCGUUACGAUUACCAUGAUUUAGCCAAUUAUGCGGACUCUGAACCAGCCCCUUAUGAAGACUCCGAACCAGUCCCGUAUGACGACUCUGAACCAGUCCCGUAUGACGACUCUGAACCAACUCCUUCCAAGCCCUUCGAGUCAGCUUUCGGGCCACUCAGUGAGAGCUCAGUCGGCGCUAAGCCCCCCACUCACAGCUCUAAUUUCAUAGCUUACACUCCCGCGUACGUUUUCCUGACCAAACCCGAGACUGGAGAGACAUACCAGCUGAACAGCAAGGACAACUGGAAGAAAAUAUUCAAAUGGUUUUAAUAAUCUAAUAAUGAUAAUUUAAUAGGAGUUUACCCUUUUGUGUACGGUUGCUUCAACCGCUGUCAAUAUUAGCCGCACAUUAAUGCUUGACUCGAGAAGUCCCGUUAGUAUACGAAGGGUUACCAUGCAUUUUACGCCUGGUAUUCAGUAGAUAGCAGGUAUUAGGUAUUACACUGGGAAGUAAUUUUUUUUUAUUAAUUAUUGAUUAUCGGUCGAAUGAUUGUUCCUAGAAAGAAUGAUUGUGUACGCGAGUGAUCGCAAACAAUUAUUUUUAUAUUUUAUUUUUGAUCUAUUAAACCCCAUUUUUCAGUCGUGAGAUUAUUUUGGUUUAGUAUCAGUUUACGAUCCACUCGUACCCUCGGAGAAACUGGUGAAAAUUUGUCAAAUAGUGAUAUACUUUUUUCCUCUGUGUGGGUCAUCCUGACCCAGUUUGGCCUUUUAUAAGGACGUAUCAGUGCUCCGCGCUAUAAAUGUGUCUUUAUUUAUACAAUACGACGCAUGGAUUUACCCGAGCUUGCAUUUUUAUACAUCAAUUCGGAAAGCCAAGCUACCUCCAAGCCAAGCGUGGCGACUCUAUCUCGUUCAGGAGCCAAGGAUGAAGACAUAAAAUUUUGUUCGGGUAUAAAUGCACCGCUAAGGGGAACUUGCAUAGAAUCUUCAUCAACGACUUAAUAUAUCUACUAUAUUAUUUGAUAAAUAUAUAUUUUUUUAAA